GGCCGCGCGGCUCGCGCCCCCCGCCGGGUCCCCACCUCCGCGCCCGCCCCGCGGGCUGACCGGCCGACCGGGGCCCGCCCCCGGCGCCCACCAUGUACGCCUUUGUGCGGUUCCUGGAGGACAACGUCUGCUACGCGCUGCCCGUGUCGUGCGUGCGCGACUUCAGCCCCCGCUCGCGGCUGGAUUUUGACAACCAGAAGGUGUACGCCGUGUACCGGGGCCCAGAAGAACUGGGCGCCGGGCCCGAGAGCCCCCCGCGCGCCCCCCGCGACUGGGGCGCGCUGCUGCUCCACAAGGCCCAGAUCUUGGCGCUGGCAGAAGACAAAUCUGACCUUGAAAACAGUGUGAUGCAGAAGAAAAUAAAAAUCCCCAAACUUUCUCUCAAUCAUGUAGAAGAAGAUGGGGAAGUUAAAGAUUAUGGGGAAGAAGAUUUACAGCUUAGACACAUCAAGAGACCCGAGGGGCGGAAGCCGAGCGAAGUGGCGCACAAGAGCAUCGAGGCAGUGGUGGCCCGGCUGGAGAAGCAGAACGGCCUGAGCCUGGGCCACAGCACAUGUCCGGAAGAGGUCUUCGUGGAGGCCUCAGCGGGCCCAGAGGACAUGGACAGUCUGGAGGAUGCCGGCGUGCCCCGGGCUCUGUAUGAGGAGCUGCUGCGCAACUACCAGCAGCAGCAGGAGGACAUGCGCCACCUCCAGCAGGAGCUGGAGCGGACUCGCAGGCAGCUGGUUCAGCAGGCUAAGAAGCUCAAGGAGUACGGGGCGCUGGCGUCCGAGACGAAGGAGCUCCGCGACCUCAACCGGAGGCUGCAGGACGUGCUGCUCCUGAGGCUGGGCAGCGGUCCCGCCAUUGACUUGGAAAAAGUAAAGUCAGAAUGUCUCGAGCCCGAACCGGAGUUACGGAGCACUUUCAGUGAGGAAGCAAAUACGUCGUCCUAUUACCCCGCUCCUGCACCUGUCAUGGACAAGUAUAUCCUAGACAAUGGCAAGGUCCACCUGGGAAGCGGGAUUUGGGUUGAUGAGGAGAAAUGGCACCAGCUGCAGGUGACCCAAGGCGAUUCCAAGUACACAAAGAACUUGGCAGUCAUGAUCUGGGGCACAGAUGUUCUGAAGAACAGAAGCGUCACAGGAGUUGCCACAAAAAAAAAGAAAGAUGCAGUCCCUAAGCCGCCCCUCUCGCCUCACAAACUAAGCAUCGUCAGAGAGUGUUUGUACGACAGAAUAGCACAAGAAACUGUGGAUGAAACUGAAAUUGCACAGAGACUCUCCAAAGUCAACAAGUACAUCUGUGAAAAAAUCAUGGAUAUCAAUAAAUCCUGUAAAAAUGAAGAACGAAGGGAAGCAAAAUAUAAUUUGCAAUAAACUUUGGAUUUUUCAUAAAGCCUUCUCGUUUUCCUUGUGUGGCGUGUGAUUUGCGGGCGAUGGUGUUGUCCAGAUCAGACCCCACCAUGCAUGGUGGUGUGUGGGCGGGGAGCCAGUAGGGUUCUGAGGUCAGCGCCUUGUUCUGAACUUGGACUUCCCACUCCAAAGAAGGCAGAUGGAUUUGCUGAGACUCAGGCAGCAGCCUGGCGCCAGUGUUGUUCUGGGGAUGGUGAAAGCGCUGUCUUUUCGGAGGGGGAUAAAGUGUCUCUGAGGUGCCUAUCACUUGGCGAAGAAUUUGAGCUGAUAUUUUUACCAUUCAAGGACUUCUAUCUUUGUUCCUUUAUUUUGUUCUAUAAUAAAGCUUCAUUAAUUCGUUGCUGUA